GUUGCCACCCCAAACUAAUUCUGGCGCGCGUCGUCUUCGUCUACGCCCACAUUGACGUUCUUCCAAUUUUUUUCUGAAUCUCGGAGAAUCUUUCUUCUCUUUCUAUUCAUAAAUAUCUCGUCUUCGAAUUUUUUUCCUUUCAUGCAUUCUCGUAGAUCUGAGCCUCCAUUUUGGUCUCAUCCAUGACCGAUAUACUCUCCAUCAUUUUGUCCUCUGAAUCGCUUUGCCCUCUUCACCUAGUUGCUCAUGGUGAGAGACACCAAAGCGCCGCAAAACUCCAAUCUCUGGGGCCUUAUUGUGGGCAAUUACUGCCAUGACGUUCUCAUACGCGAUGGCCGCGUCGUCGGCGAGACUCUUGGUGGCGCCGCCUGUUUUAUCUCUGCCGUCCUCGAUGCUCUCUCCGUCUCCUUCCGAUUGGUUUCGAAGGUCGGGUCGGACUUUGCUUACUCGACGAAACAUGGCCCGAUUUCGGUUCCUAAUGUGAAAACCACUCUCUUCCACGCGUAUUUCGACUCCGAGGUCGACGCAGCUGGGCACCAAGAUCGGGUCCUGAGACGGGUAUGUGCUUGCGACCCGAUUCAUCCAUCGGAUCUUCCUGUGGCCGCGGCGUUCCAAUUUGGAAUGGCCGUCGGGGUGGGUGGGGAGAUAUUGCCGGAGACUCUGGAGAGACUUCUCGACGUCUGUAAUAUAGUUUUUGUUGAUGUUCAGGCGCUGAUUCGAACAUUUGAUGUUCGUGAUGGAACCGUGAAGCUCGUUGGAUUAAAUGAUAGUGGAUUCUUCCACCUCCUGCCACGGAUUGGGUUUCUGAAAGCAUCAUCUGAUGAGGCGUUUUUCUUUGAUUUGGAUGAGGUGAGGCAACUGUGUUGUGUUGUAGUUACGUAUGGGAAGAAUGGGUGUAAGAUAUACUGGAAGGAUGGAGAAAUAGAAAUUGCUCCAUUUACAGCGAACCAGGUUGAUCCGACUGGUGCAGGGGACAGUUUCUUAGGUGGCUUUGCUGCGGGGCUAGUUCAAGGUUUAGCUGUGCCUGAUGCUGCAUUACUAGGCAACUUCUUCGGUUCAUUGACUGUGGCACAAGUGGGCCUACCAAAGCUUGACACGAGGUCAUUUCAGAUGGUUAAGGAUGAGAUGCAUAGAAGGAUGCUGGACUUUCCAUAUCCAGAAAAAAAUGAAGACGGGUUGACCUUGCGAAAGCCAUUUGAUCAUCAACAAUUCUAUGCAUCUCUUGAUGCUGCCAGAUCAUUACUAUUGUGUUAGGUUCAGGAAUUGGGAUGGAAUCCACUCAACUCCCCUAAAGUGCUGAAGCACAAUAACAUCAACAAGAAGUUGCUGAAUCCUGCCCAUAAGGAACCCUGUGAACCAUGAGAUAUGGGGAUAACUGCUAAAGACUUGAUUUAUAUAAAAUAAAUAAAUAAAUCAAGCUUGUAUCAAAUAAACGUGUUCGCAUGUUCCACUCAUUCUUUAAUGAAUUUUAAUUCUUACAUGCCUG